AUGAAUAAUAAUCCUUAUAUUCCCCCUUCCCUGAGUUCAUCAAAAAAUUCAACGUUUCCUUCUACCAAGCGAACAUCAUUAAUAAAAAAUUUUUUCUCUGGAUCAUUAUUCGAUAACAAUUCCAAUAAUCAAGAUCAAGAUAUUUGUGAAUCACUAUUCAACAACCCUACAAAUAGCAAUAUUAAUCAUAAUAAAUAUUACGACGAAGAUUUCAGCUACCAUUUGAACGAUGGAAAGAUUUCUUCGUCUCAUAUAAAUACAAAAAUGACAAAUGUUAUAACGCAGUCCGAAGAUGCUAAAGGAUUAAAUGGAGGAUUAUUAGCUAGAUUCCCGUCAACCGUUCAUCGUCGAUUAAUAAAUAGGAAUGGUUCAAUUUCGGAAAAUACCAAUGAAACUUUAAAAACGAAUAAAAGUCGUGAAUUUUUGGAUCCUUCGAAUACGCGAAAAGCAAUUGGACGAUUAUAUAGAAGAGCAACCACUCCUAAUUUAAAAGCAGAAGCACAAGUGCAAGAAGAGCAACAACGAAAGAGGCAAGAAUUGAAACGAUUAACUGUCAAAGAAACAAAAGAACCAGAAGAGAAACAAGAUCGCAAAACACCAGAAAUGCAAGAUCGACUAUUAAGGAAAGUAUUCUCAAAUUCCAAUUUGAAAUCUUCCCCGCCAACUCUACAAUCUCCUAUUUCAGCAAAUUCAGUGAUGCUAGGAAAAGAAACAACACCAAUGAUUUCAAAACAAGAAGAAACCACAAAAGUUAGAUUCAGUUUGGAAGAUAUUGUAAAUACAGAUAAAUUACAUGCAUAUUUAACAGUAUUGAAAAAGUUUAAAGAUUUAGAGCAACCAGACUAUCAAGCUGAUAUGUGUUAUUUAUUGCGUGCGCAAGAAAGAUACAAGUUAUGGUUGAAUUUACUAGAGCAAGGAAAAUUUUCAAGUCCACCUCUUCCUCCUUUAGAUGUAUGCUAUAUAUGGCAUGCACAUUGUCUAUCGCCGCUUCAUUACUUUGAAGAUGCACAACGUUUGGGUUUUGGUCGUUCUGUAAAUUACAACUUUCCACUAAGAAAAUUGAAUGAACUUUGGGAUAAGAGCCCUGAGCAUAUACACGAACGGUCCCAACAAAUAUGGGAACAAAAUACCGACAAGUCAUGGGUACUCGAUCCAUUUGACGACUCAGAUUUCGAAUUUGAUUGUCCUUGGUGUGCGAUACCGUUGCAUUUAUCUGUCAAGAAUUAUGUAAAAUUAAUGCGAACCCAAGACCACGUUGAAAAGUGUUUUCAUUGUGGUGCUUUAUUAUCACAAGAUUCGAUUAGUGCAAAGAGAUUUUUAGAUGAUGUGGCAGAAUGGAUGACAAGUAAUAAAGGAGGAUUGGAAUAUUUUGAUACAACUACUCGGAAGCAAUACAUUAGCGGAACAUUAGUCGACAUCAGAACCGGUGAAAUAUGCAAUAGAUCCACAAAAACAGAUUGCGAUCUACUAUUCGACGUGACUAGUCAAUACAUUGUCCAACUAGUUGCUGUUCAACGCUUAGAAUCGAAACAAUGCCAAUGGUCAAUAAUAACCAACGCACUAGAACUGCGAAUGGAAGAGCUGAAGCGGCAAUGGAAUCUCACGAACAUUCGAAAAGGUGUCGUGCAACGAAUGAUUUCGUCGUAUGCUGGUAUUACAUCGACAUUUUCAAUUGAUCUCGUCAGUGCAGUGUUACAGCAACGUGAAUUCACACAUAAGAUGGUUGCUGAUAAUGAUAUUAACGUGGCGGUAGCAGCAGCGCCAGCUUCAGCUUGGAUUCAAAAGCCCGAAGUCUUAUCGAAUGUUGUUAUACGGUACCAGAAAUUCUUACGUCUGAUGCGCAGAGAACCAAAUUUGGUUCUUGUUCCGACGCUGGAUAUCGAUUUAGGAUGGCACACACACAUGCUUCAUCCGAAACCAUAUCGUAAAUUCACAAAAACGCAUUUGAAACGUGUGAUCAAUUACAAUGAUACAAUCUUCCAGCAGCCUGGAUUGGAACAAGGAUUCUUAAAGACUGAGAAAGCUUGGUAUAAGAAAUACAAGGAACCUUAUUACUCUUCCAAUAAUACGAAUAACGAUCAUAUCCAAAAAGAUUGGUUGAAACCAUCAAAGAAAGUUAUGUCUUCUGUUGUACCAAAUUAUGGUGCAUUUCUUUUUUGGAAGUCAAAGAAAAAUAAUAAAAAAGAAGAGGAAGAGUUUCAGCGACGACAUUCUUAUUAUAUUCCAAAGCAACCACAAGAUCAAUUACAAAAACAAUACAGAGAAUAUGGAAUCAUAAACACGCCACAAACUUCAAAACCACAAGGUCUUCCUUCCAAUUGUAAGAUGAGCACACAUCAGAGCUCUUUUCCAUCUACUUUAUAUCAGUCACAUGACUACGGAUGGUUAUGGUUAUCUUGUGAAGAGAAUAAUUGGGGUAUGGAUGCGGAAGACGUUUUCGAUUCAAUCGAUCAGUGUGGUGCAAGUAGUCGUAUAUUAGAUAUGUGA